AUGAAGUUCACUGCUGCAAUUGCUACUGCCAUCCUCGCCAGCGUUGCUGUCGCGGCUCCCGAGCGUGGCCUCGAGGCUCGCCUCAAGGCCCGCGGCGCCGGCAAGGGAUCCCGACCCCUCCAGGCAGUCGCCAGACCUGCCUCGACCAAGAACCAGACCAACGUCGAGUACAGCUCCAACUGGUCCGGUGCGGUUCUGGUGGAGCCUCCUUCUGCCGCGGCGACUUACACUGCGGUGACCGGCACCUUCACUGUUCCUGAGCCCACUGGCAACUCUGGAGGCAGUCAGGCUGCAUCUGCCUGGGUUGGUAUCGAUGGAGAUACCUAUGGAAACGCCAUCCUCCAGACUGGUGUUGACUUCACCGUGACUGAUGGAGAGGCCUCAUUUGAUGCCUGGUAUGAGUGGUACCCGGACUACGCCUACGACUUCAGCGGCAUCGACAUCUCUGCCGGUGAUGAGAUUGUUGCCAUUGUCGAGUCCUACACCUCGACCACCGGUAUUGCUAUCAUUGAGAACAAGAGCACCGGCCAGAAGGUCACCAAGGAGCUGUCAUCCAGCUCCAGCCUUGGAGGACAGAACGCAGAGUGGAUUGUGGAAGACUUCGAGGAAAAUGGUUCCCUCGUCGACCUGGUGGACUUUGGCACUGUCACCUUCACCGGUGCUGUUGCCAAGGCCGCAGGAGGCCAGAGCGUUGGCCUUACGGAUGCUACCAUCAUCGAGAUCGAGGAAAAUGGCCAGGUGGUCACUGAUGUUACCAUCGACAGCGACUCCGAGGUGACCAUCACCUACGAGUAA